AUGGCCACCACCAGAUUCAUCAGCGCCAUUAUCUCCCGUUUUGUCUGCAUCUGCACCACCUUCACCAGCAACUACACGAACAAUGCCACCCUGGUCCUCGUAUGGCAUCCGAAUGCCUUGCCAUCCGCCAUGAUCGGAAGGAGCGGGACUGUUUUGGUCGAGAUUAGUCGAGUGAUAGGUCCCGCCUGCGUCGAACGAGGCCCUGGAACAGCACAAAUCCGGCGCGAUUGUCGCAUUGCCGAUCCCAUACUGAGUGUGACAGAGCAGAGUGAUCUCGACCUCCAGCUCGGCAUUUCUCUCCCACAAUGCAUAAGCUAUGCAGCCAGUGGUAUAGCCAUGCUCUCUACAUUCACUGUCGCCAUCGAGUCGUUACUAGGGCUGUAG